CACUAUAUUGCCAAAAGUAUUGUCCCUCCAAAUCAUGUGAUUCAGGUGUUCCAAUCCCCUCCAUGGACACAGGUGUAUACAAUCAAGCCCCUCGGCAUGCAGACGGCUUCUACAAACAUUGGUGAAAGAAUGGGUCGCUCUCAGGAGAUCAGUGACUCCAAGCGUGGUCCCGUGAUAGGUGGCCACCCGGGCAAUAAGUCCAUCCGUGACAUUUCCAGGCUACUAAAUAUUCCACGCUCAACUGUUAGUGGGAUUAUAACAAAGUGGAAGCCACUGGGAACAACAGCCACUCAGCCACCAAGUGGUAGGCCACGUCACAUGACAGGGCGGGGUCAGCGCAUGCUGAAGCGCACAGUGCGCAGAUGUCGCCAACUGUCUGCA